AUUUAUUAGUGCAGUAAUUGCCAAGACAGAAGACUGCAGUACGAACUCGUACUCGUAGCAGCAGCAAUGUCAAGAAGAGCAGGCAGCGUAGCAAAAGCAGUCACAACAACGCAGACGCAAUAACAUUUUCAGCAGCCGUUCAUCUCAGAGGGGAUGCAGCGCCAAACUGCGAGGGUGAGGUGGUAACUCUCACAACCAAUGCCUCCGCAGGUUCAUCGUUUAGCUACCCCACAGCUGAGUGCCAUACUGGUCAUGACGUAACUACAGAAACAGGAAAACUUGCCGGGGAGCUGAGCGAAAGUCAAGAACUUUAUACCUGUGCAUGGCCAUGAUCCCAUGUACAAACAGCCCCAGAGAGUACCCAUGCGUGCUGGCAGCUUACUCAUCUGGGACCAGCGUGUGGCGCACGGCAGUCGGCCCAACAACAGCACGCGAGCAAGGUAUGUUCAAUUUGUAAAGAUGUUCCCAUCCAUCAACCUCCGCUCAGAACGAGCUAAGAAUCGUGGACAGCUUAUCAAGGACAAGGUUGAACUAGCUGGUGUCGACUUGACUGACCUGGGCAAGAAGCUGUUUGCCCUCAAGGCAUGGGCAUCCGCGCACACGAAGGUGCCCCGCGCCAAGGCUAAGAAAAAGACAUAGACUACGUGUUCGCAUGGCUCUUUGUACAUUCACAGUUGAGUGCCUCGUUUUAUGUGUGUAUGUUUAAAUCAUGUACACCCUCUGAUGGGAGUAUGAUAAUGUAGUCAUCUAGGACAGCUGGACUGUCCCUAGUGUUCCAAGUGCAUACUGACGCUAACCUCCAAUGUUAUAUCCAGCAAGUAUCAGAUCUGCACUAUCGCACAUAGAACUGGUGUAUAUUUCUUUACUGUGUUGACUCACUACCCUACUAGCCACAGUCAUAUUUAUAUCAACAAUAACGUGGGCACCGCAUUAUUUUUUGUUUAGGAGCUGUCGGUAUGCCGGUAGCAUGGGUCACGCUAGUGCAAAAUAGGCUAGACUACAUGCAGCCAAGAACCAGGCACUAUUCCAUCCAAGAAAUAGUGGGAGUAGCUAUCCUGAUGCCUUGCAACAUGUCCAAACCACUUCAACUUGAUGCUUGGUAACGAGAGAGCUUGGAAGCUCAGGGCCCUACGCUAUGCUUUUUUGCCUUGAUGACCGAGACAAAAAAAAGCAUAGGGAUGUCAUAAAUUCUUAUAAGUUUCUACUUUUUGUUUUUAGACAUAUUAAACCUGGGAUUCGAACCCGCACUAUCGCCCUGCAUGCAUCCCCCGAUACACUUCGCAUACAUACUAAUUCUUCCAAGUUGCUUCACGUUAUGAUCUUGUAUUUGAAAGCCCUAUUGGAAUAUGCAUUGUGGCCAGCCGUUUUUGAUUGUACGGUACGGUCGGGAUAGGUACGGUCGAGGGUAAUACGACACCGUCUACCGCCUUGAUGACGGCAAAAAAAAUUUUGGAUGUUAUAAAUUUUUCAAUUCUCCUAUUUUUUUCGGGCAUUACCUGGGAUUCGAACCCGCACUAUCGCCCUACAUGCAUUCCCCCAUACACUUCGCAUUCAUACUCAUUCUUCCAAGUUGCUUCACGUUAUGAUCUUGCGGUUGAAAGCCCUAUUUGAAUAUUGCGGCCAGCUGU